GGGUUAAGGCACCUGCCUUCUAGGUUGCCAACUCCAAUUUGAUCCUUGUAUCACAUAUGGUGCUCUGAACAAAGCCUAGAGGAAUCCCUGAGACCAGGAUCAAAAGAGUAUACAAUGAAGAAGAAACAGAUGUUUGGGGUUUCCAUUUGUUUGCUGCUUAGCUGUGUGUCUCCUUCUCUUAAUGCUAUUCUUGAGGAAGAUGAAGAAUUAUCAGACAUUUCAGAGUCCAAGUUGCCACCACUGAAAAUUCUAAGUCCAUUUUGUGCAUUAAAAAUGGAUGAUGGCCCAUGCAAGGCGAACAUGCCGAGAUAUUUCUUCAAUAUUCUCACUCAACAAUGUGAAGAAUUUAUAUACGGAGGAUGUGGAGGAAAUCAGAAUCGAUUUGAUACUAUAGAUGAAUGUAAAGAACAAUGUACAGCAGACUUUCCAAGUGCAAAACGGGCAAAGAAAACAUUGCUCCAAGGAAAGCCAGAUUUCUGCUUUUUGGGUGAAGAUGCUGGACUCUGUCGUGGCUUUAUUCCUAGAUACUUUUAUAACCAUCAAACAAAACAUUGUGAAAAGUUUGUGUAUGGUGGGUGCCUUGGGAAUCUCAACAACUUUAAAACAAAGGAAGACUGCAAGAAUACCUGUGAGGAUUCAUUGAGUAGUUUCCCUGCUGAGGAGCAGCAGAACUAUUCCUGCACAGAGAAUAACGCCUUGGUUCCCAAGCCUACCAAAGUUUCCAGAGUUUUGGAAUAUCGUGGGCCUUCCUGGUGCCUGACCCCAGCAGACAGAGGUCUGUGUCGAGCCAAUGAAAGUAGAUUCUACUUUGAUAUCAGCACCAAAGAUUGUCUUCCAUUUAUAUACAGUGGAUGUGGAGGGAAUGAAAACAAUUUUACUUCUAAAACUGCAUGUAUUCAAAGUUGUAAAAAAGGUUUCUUCAAGAGAAAAGUUAAAGGCUUAGUUAAAACCAAAAGAAGGUCGAGGAAGAGACCAAUUAAAAUAGUAUAUAAAGAUUUAAUUAAAAAGACAUGAAAUUUAAUGUAA